AUGAUAUGGGCUUGCUCAUAUCGUUUCAGUCAUACAUUGUUUCACUUCCACAAACUCGAAGCAUUAGAAAAGGUAAAGAAUGCACUUUUCGAUGCAGGUGGAGGAAAGGUUGGUAACUACGAUCGUUGUUGCUGGCAAGUUAAAGGAGCAGGACAAUUCAGACCAUUAGGUGGUGCCAACCCGCACAUAGGACAAAUAGAUAAGAUAGAACAAGUCGAAGAGUGGAGAGUGGAAAUGAUGAUAGAAGAACAAUACAUCAAACAGUGUAUCAAAGCAAUGAGAGAAGCACACCCUUACGAGACACCUGUAUAUUAUAUUCAAACUCAUGUAGAAUUAUAA